AUGCGUACUUCUUCGCGGGCAACAAGUCGCCUCAACCCAGCAGUCGCGGGUUCAUCAUCCCUGAUGAACGAGGCAGGAACGACGUCCUCGGCCCCUACCGCAACAAGAACAUCGUCUUGAGGUUCCCCGUGACCAAGAAGGGCCAGCGGUCACUCAAUGACGUCAAGUGGAUCUCCGUCUGGUGCCGCCAGUUCGCUAUUGACUUCGGACACGUGACUGUGCCCCCGGGCCUGGUGAAGCCGGCGCCACAGGUGGCUACGGGCCUACACAGUGACAAGCCAGCGCUGGCCGCCUCCUCCGUCACCGUGGUCGACACUGACACCAUCAAGGUCAAUGACUUCACCUUCGACGCAACUGUUCCAGACGCCAUCUUUGUGCUGGGGAGCGGGGACGCGCAGUCCAGCGGUUCUCAAGUGCUGGACGAGAAAGGGUCGUUGGAGCCACUCAAGAAGUACACACAGAGGAGCCUGGUGCUGUCGGUGCCUAGGGAAGUACGGGGGCAGCCCAUCCAGUACUUCGGCGUCUGGUCCCCCACCAAGGGCAUGAUCUCCUCCGUCACCUUCGACACUAAAGGCCUCCUCCCGCCUUCACUCAGGUCUCUUCGCAAAUAACGUCCUCGGCUUGCUGCUCUUCUCCACUCAACCUCAACGUUACUUGCUUCUCUCUUAUUUCCUGCAUCAGUACACACUCCCCUCUGCUCCCUCCGUUAGCUGACGGAGGGAGCAGCCCGUCCUCCUAAGGUUCCCAACAUCAAGAAACUUUCGUACUAAAGUGCCCUUAUCUUUACCUACCAGAGGACCCAAAACAGAAAACGGAACAGGAUGUCAACUUCGCCAGCCGCUACAAUUUUCUAGUACGACAAUUUUUGGCCCUUGGUAAGGGCUAAAAUACGUCAAAAUGCGAGGCUCUAUUAAGGUGGAUUUUAACACUUGCUCUCUUCACCUUAUCCCAAUAAUUGUGGCUAAAUAUCCCGCCAGGUUCAGGUUGAUGGCAUAUUCCUUCUAUAAUGUGACGGGGACAGGUUGUCAUCUCUUUUUUUUGUGUGAGAAAAUGUUUUGCUAUCCCACCUGAUGCCUUAAAUGUGAUGAAAGUGACAGGGAAGAGUUGAGUCUCCCUCACCCACCCCGAACCUCGGUUUCGCGUCAUGCAGGUCCGCGUUCAAUCCCCGACCGUCCAAGUGGUUGGACACCAUUCCAUCCCUCCGUCCCAUCCCAAAUACUUAUCCUGAUCCCUUCCAAGGUGCCAUAUAGUCGUAAUGGCUUAGCGCUUUCCCCCUGGUAAUCCCCUCCCCCCUCCCUUCCAGGCAAAAUGACUGGCUGUAGACUAAGAUCAUAUCAGCCACCCCGGACCAGACGUCUAACUGGGUUCAGGGGGGGGGGGGGUUCUACACUCUCCUCCCUCUCUGUGCUGGGAAUAUCCUGGGAAUAACCUGGGAAUAUCCUGGGAAUAUUCUGGGAAUAACCUGGGAAUAACCUGGGAAUAUCCUGGGAAUAUUCUGGGAAUAACCUGGGAAUAACCUGGGAAUAUCCUGGGAAUAUUCUGGGAAUAACCUGGGAAUAACCUGGGAAUAUCCUGGGAAUAUUCUGGGAAUAACCUGGGAAUAUCUGAAUAAAUAUUCCUUCCUAACCUGGGAAUAUCUGCGCCUGUUGUAGAGCCUCAAUGUCUUGAGUACUUGUGUUGUAUUCUGCCCUGAGAUACAGCUGGUGUUGUAUUCUGCCCUGAGAUACAGCUGGUGUUGUAUUCUGCUCUGAGAUACAGCAGGUGUGAAUAUAUCGUGGCCUCCAAUACAAAAUAAGUGUAUACGUCACAGCUGUUCAAAAAUUAAAGUUAUAUGUCUCUUGUGAUCAUUUAUUAAAACAUGUUUUUAUAAUAAAAAUUGUGUAAAGUAGAAAUUGAUUAUUAAUGUGCAUUAAAUUAGGUUUAAGGCAUUUAUAAACUUCUACUGCUAAGAAUUAGGAAAGAAUUCUUAAGUUCACCAUGAAAAGUCGUCAUUGUAAAGGAACAUGAGCGAGGCGUACAAAGUAUAUUUUUCUGCCUUUUAGAAAAGUAGAGAAAUAGCCCAGAUCUAAUGGUUUAAAGCACGUUUAAGAUUACUGAUGUCAUAUGAUGCAUAUGUUGACGUCAUCAGAGAUGUCAUGUGGUAAUGUUGACAUCAUCACUGGUGUCAUGUGGUUAUGUUGAUGCUGUCAGUUGUGUCAUGUGGGUAUGUUGAUGUUAUCAGUGAUGACAUGUGGUUAUGUUGAUGUUAUCAGUUAUGUCAUGUGGUUAUGUUGAUGCUGUCAGUGGUGUCAUGUGGGCAUGGUGACGUUAUCAGUGAUGUCAUGUGGUUAUGGUGACGUUAUCAGUGAUGUCAUGUGGUUAUGUUGAUGCUGUCAGUGGUGUCAUGUGGGCAUGGUGACGUUAUCAGUGAUGUCAUGUGGGUAUGGUGACGUUAUCAGUGAUGUCAUGUGGUUAUGGUGAUGUUAUCAGUUGUGUCAUGUGGGUAUGGUGACGUUAUCAGUGAUGUCAUGUGGUUAUGUUGAUGUUAUCAGUGGUGUCAUGUGGUAAUGUUGACGUCAGUGGAGCCAUGUGCCUAAGAUGAAGUCAUCAUUGGUAUGCUGACUUCAUCAGUGAUGCAUAACCUUGUGAUGAUGUCAACUACAUGCCCAUUGAAUGGUGAUGAUACGUCAUCAGUCUGCCCAUUACCUUAACGAUAUAAUCAUCGAUGUGAUCAUGUGCCUGUGAUGACGUCAUUGGUAGGGGUCAUUAUGCCUGUUAUGACGUCAUUCGUAGAGGUCACUAUGCCUGUUAUGACAUCAUUGGUAGGGGUCACUGCCUAUUAUGAUGUCAUUGGUAGGGGUCACUAUGCCUAUUAUGACGUCAUUGGUAGGGGUCACUAUGCCAGUGAUGACGUCAUUGGUAGGGGUCACUAUGCCAGUGAUGACGUCAUUGGUAGGGGUCACUAUGCCAGUGAUGACGUCAUUGGUAGGGGUCACUAUGCCAGUGAUGACGUCAUUGGUAGGGGUCACUAUGCCUGUUAUGACGUCAUUGGUAGGGGUCACUGCCUAUUAUGACGUCAUUGGUAGGGGUUACUAUGCCAGUGAUGACGUCAUAGGCGAGGUGGUGUGUGGGGCGCCCUAUGCGAGAAUGACCACCCGUGGAGCAGGCUUCAUUUGUAUGUUUGUUAACAAAUAAACUCGUUGAAAAACUCA